AUGGAUAUUGAUUCCGUCGCUUACUGGUUACGAAGGCGUAGUCAUCUGCUGUACAAGUUAUCAAAGGAGGUUCUCUAUGACAUUAUUAAAAACUGUGGAUACAAAAAGGUUUCUAAGGAUGAAAUUAUCAUUCGACAAGGAGAAGUUGGAGAAAGAGGUCAAGCAAUUGUUACUGUAGAACCUCAACGUCACCAUCUUCAAUAUCCUAAGCUGAUGAAUGAUGUUAAGCGAGGUCGCCAACACCGAUUUGAGUGGAAAAAUGGUGUUAUUGAGAAAACAAUAAAAGGAAAUACUGAUGUUUGUGUAUUAGGUCCUGGACAAAUCAUAGGAGAUGUGGAACUGAUUUGUGAACUUCCAACAAACAUUGCCUCAGUAUCAGCCUCAUCGAAAACAGAAACAUUUUUUCUGAGUUAUAAGAACUGCGACAGAAUAUUUGUUGGAAAAGUUGGUUUCACAGAAACUUUCAGCUCGAAGUGA